AUGCUGCUUUAUUAUAUCAUUGCAGUCCUGUCUACAAGUGGAGUAAUGGCACGUCUUGCUCAUGACUUUGAUGCACGACUCACUGGGAAUGAAGCCUCUCAAGGCCAAGGCAGGGUAGAAGUCUACUUUAAAAGGAAAUGGCGAAGAGUCUGCAACUAUGGCUGGGAUGUAAAUGAUGCCAAGGUCAUAUGUAGGCAAUUAGGAUAUGAUCCUGAAGGAUCUGAGACACAGAUUUAUAAAUCAGAUACCAAAGCCCAUAGAAGAAACCCGAAGAAAUGGGGAGGACAUGGACGCAAGGGACGAAAAUAUGGGGUUCAGAAUGUAAAGUGCAAUGGGAAUGAAACAUUUAUUGGACAGUGUGAAACACCAGAAUGGCUUAAAACACCAAAAUGUGAGAAAAACCAUGAUGCCAUUGCGAUAUGCAAGAAAGAUGAAAGUAAUGCUACAGUUCGUAUCACUGACACUGGGGUGAUAGAGCUAAAACAUGAAGGAGUCUGGGGAACAGUGAUGAAUCCUGGGAACACCAAAUUGUUAGCAGAUGUAGCUUGCAGGCAACUUGGCUAUGAAUUUGGCUUAAAACACAGAUAUUGGCCAAAAACUGUGUACAGAGGUCCCAUUUGGAAUUAUACCCUCAUAUGCGAAGGUUCAGCAAGAAAUCUACAGGAUUGUAAAACAGAAUUUCGUAAUUAUACAGAUUCCAUGACACUUUUAACUGGAAUAUGUGAACCAAAAUUUAGACUUAGAAAAGGACUGAUAACAUCUGGUUUAAAAUCUGGACUUUUGGAAGUGUUUGUUUCCAAUAAAUGGUAUCUAGCUUGUGAAAAAUCGCCAUAUAAAGGAUGCAAAUGGCUGGGUUUAGAGACAAAGUAUGCCAGAACCACAGAGGUUACCAAUGAUACGAGCUAUGAAGUUGCUUACAUUGCCUGUAGAACAGGUUAUCGUGGGGAGAUUGAUGAAACAGAAUUAUCCAAGUGUCAAACAAUUAUAUCAAUAGCUGGGGAUUGGAAACGGCUUGUUCAAUCACCUGGAAUGUGUAAGGAUAUAGUUCUACGAAAUAAGUUACCUUAUGAGAUAGCAUGUCCCGAUGGACCAGAAAGUGCUGUUUCUGAGGCUAUUAUAAAGCUUGAUAAAGGAUCACAUGGGGAUCUGAAAGUCAAAGUGAAUGAUACAUGGCUCUUGGUGUGUGGUUAUCGCUGGUCUUGGUACAUUGGGUUUGCAAGAACAAUCUGUCGACAACUUGGCUUUGAAUCUGAUUCAAAUCAUGUGGGAAUCAUACAAAUUGAGUGGAAUGGAUAUUCUGCAAAACCGUUUAUAUUUACAGAUAUUAAAUGUUUGGGUUCUGAAAAGCAUAUAAGAGAGUGCAGAUUUUCUGAGUGGAAUGUUGAGACAGGCAUUUGGGGUCACAGACCUGUAAUAUCAUGUAAUGUUUCAUCAAUUAGGCUGAGUGAAGGAAGAUAUGGAGAUAUACAGGUUUUUCUUCAUGACACAUGGCUACCUAUGUGCACACGGAAUUGGGACAUGGAAGAUUCAAAGGCAUUGUGCAAACAUCUGGGAUUUAAAACAGGGAGAGUCUUUAUAUAUAAAUACAUAUCACCAAGCCACAAUUAUGUUCACACAGGGGGGCGAUGUAUCGGGACUGAAAAAAGCAUGUACUACUGCCGUAGCUUCAGUUUGGGACGACAUUGCCAUAGUGACUUUGCAUCUACAGUAUACAUGUCUUGUGACAUGUUCAAUGAUAUACAAAUACGUUUGAAGGAUUCUGUUGGUUCUUUGGGUAAACCAGAAAUAGUGAACAUUAACAAAAGUAUCUGCAGUAACAACUGGACAAAGACAGAAGCCAGUAUUAUCUGUGAUUCUCUAGGCUUCCCUCCUGAACAUGCUAUUCCAAUAUAUCAUGAGCAACGCACAUUUCCAGACACAUCAACUUUUGUGAAGUUUGAAUGCCAGGCCACUGACUCUGGUAGUGUAUGUAAAUGUGUCCCUAGGGUCUGUGAAUAUUACAAUGUAGGAGUAAAAUGUUUGGAUCAUCAACCAGGUAUCGAUGAGUAUAUAAGAGCAAAGACAGAGUUUCCUUACCUGGGCCAAGUAGAGGUGAAUAUCUUAAACAAUCAAAGAGGGGCUGUUUGUGCUACAGGCUGGGGAAUCAAGGAAACCCAAGUACUAUGCAGACAAACUGGAGCUUUUAAUAAAGCUAACAGAAAACCUAUGUAUGUUAGUGUUGACAGCAAUAAUGUCCUUGGAGGCAGAGCUGACCCAAUAGUGAUGAGUGAUGUCAAAUGUAAUGGAGAUGAAGCAAACAUUGCUGAAUGUACCUUUAAGAGUGGUGAUGAGGCUUCAUGCUCGUCUAACAGAAGAGUCAGUGUCUAUUGCCAUCAACUUAGAGUAUGGAUGCCACCAAAAUCAGGGUUAAUCAAGGUGUUUAGUGGUGAAAAGCACGGAUGGAGAUGGAUCUGUGGGGAUAAUUUUGACAAACCAACUGCAGAUGUCUUUUGUUUCACUGCUACAGGUGAAAGAAGAGCAUACAAAAUCAAUGCUGACUAUGUUGCUUUCAGAAAUGCAGGACCUUAUGUACGUGCAAGGAGAGUGCGUUACAUUCCUUUUUGGAAUGGAAUAAUGGCACGUCUUGCUCAUGACUUUGAUGCACGCCUCACUGGAAAUGAAGCCUAUAAAGGCCAAGGCAGGGUAGAAGUCUACUUUCAAAGGAAAUGGCGAAGAGUCUGCAACUAUGGCUGGGAUGUAAAUGAUGCCAAGGUCAUAUGUAGGCAAUUAGGGUACGAUCCUGAUGGUUCUAAUACACAGAUUUAUAAAUCAGGAUACGUAUAUACAUUCCAGAAAAACAAUGAUGCCAUUGCUAUAUGCAAGAAGGAUGAAAGUGAUGCUCAGGUUCGUAUUUCUGACACUGGGGUGAUAGAGCUUAAACAUGAAGGAGUCUGGGGAACAGUGAUAAAUCCUGGGGAAUUGCAGAACAUCUACCAAGGACAUCCCAGACUGUUAGCAAAUGUAGCUUGUAGGCAACUUGGCUAUGAAUUUGGCUUAAAACACAAAUAUUGGCCAAAGACUGUCUACAGAGGUCCCAUUUGGAAUUAUACCCUCAUAUGUGAAGGAUCAGAAAGUAAUCUACAAGAUUGUAAAACAGAAAUUCGUAACCAUACAGAUUCCAUGGAACUUGUAACUGGAAUAUGUGAACCAAAAUUUAGACUUAGAAAAGGACUGAUAACAUCUGGUUUAAAAUCUGGACUUUUGGAAGUGUUUGUUUCCAAUAAAUGGCACCUUGCUUGUGGAGUACCAUCAUAUAAAGGAUGCAAAUGGCUGGGCUUAGAGACAAGGUAUGCUAGAACCACAGACACAAAAACCAAUGAUAUUAGCUAUGAGAUUGCCUACAUUGACUGUGUAACAAGGUAUUACCAUAGGGAGAAUGAUGAAACAGAGUUAUCCAAAUGUCAAGGAAUAACAUCAAUGGCCGGGGAUUGGGCACUAUUUGGUCAUUCACCUGGACUGUGUUACAGCAUGUACAGCAUGUUCAGAGAAAGGCUACCUUUUGAAAUAGCAUGUCCUGAUGAACCAGACAGUGCUGUUUCUGCGGCUGUUAUAAAGCUUGAUAAAAGAUCUCAUGGAGAAGUCAAAGUCAAUGUGAAUGAUACAUGGCUCUUGGUAUGUGGUAAUGACUGGGCUAUAGGGUUUGCAAAAACCAUCUGUCAACAACUUGGCUACGAAUCUGGCUUGGCCCAGGUGGCAAUCACAUUUGUAGUUCAUAGGUUAAGUGAAGGGACAUAUGGCAACAUUCAGGCUUAUAUAAGAGACAAAUGGUUUACCAUGUGCACUAGUGUUUGGGACGUGGAAGAUGUAAAGGUAUUGUGUAAGCAUCUUGGACUUAAUAUAGGGACAGUCUUUCUCUAUAAACAUCCACCACCAGACCAUUUUAUUUAUUCUUCAAAGAGCUGCAAUGGGUCUGAGAAAAGCAUAUAUGACUGUCGUCGCUUUGGUUUUGGAUUUGGGUGCAGCUGGACCUAUCAUUUUUCAGUAUAUAUGGCAUGUAACAUGUCCAAUGAUAUAAAAAUACACUUAAAAGAUUCUGAUGGUUCUGUGGGUAAACCAUUUAUAACAAACUUUAACAAAGGUCUCUGUAGUGAGAAUUGGACAAAGACAGAAGCCAGUAUUAUCUGUGAAAAUUUAGGCUUCCCUCCCGAACAUGCUAUUGCGAUAUAUAAUCAGCAACGCACAGCUCCACACAGGUCAAAUUAUAUGAAGUUUGAAUGCCAGGAUACUGACUCCGGUAUUGUAUGUGGAAAUGCUAAGCCUCGGGUCACUGCUUCAAGAUGUGACUAUUACAAUAUAGGAGUACAAUGUUUGGACUAUCAACCAGGCAUACAUGAAUAUAUAAGAGCAAAGACAGAGUUUCCUUUCAUGGGCCAAGUAGAGGUGUAUAUUUCACAAGAUCAUAGAGGAGCUGUUUGUGCCACAGGUUGGGGAAUUAAGGAAACACAAGUGCUGUGCAGACAAACUGGAGCCUUUAAUGAACCUGACAGAAAACCUAUGUAUGUUAGUGUUGACAGCAAUAAUGUCCUUGGAGGCAGAGCUGACCCAAUAGUGAUGAGUGAUGUCAAAUGUAAUGGAGAUGAAGCAAACAUUGCUGAAUGUACCUUUAAGAGUGGUGAUGAGGCUUCAUGCUCGUCUAACAGAAGAGUCAGUGUCUAUUGCCAUCAACUUAGAGUAUGGAUGCCACCAAAGUCAGGGUUAAUCAAGGUGUUUAGUGGUGAAAAGCAUGGAUGGAGAUGGAUCUGUGGGGAUAGUUUCGACAAACCAACUGCAGAUGUCUUUUGUUUCACUGCUACAGGUGAAAGAAGAGCGUACAAAAUCAAUGCUGACUAUGUUGCAUUCAGAGAUGCAGGACCUUAUGUACGUGCAAGGAGAGUGCGUUAUAUUCCUUUUUGGAAUGGUAGGAUAUAUGAAUGGCCUGCAAUUCAGAUAAAAUGUUUGGGUAAUGAAUAUUCACUUGGCCAGUGUGACUUCAGAGCAAUUUACAAUAAUUGUACACAGCUAGCUUUCCUGGGAUGUCGUACAACGCCUUGA